AUGGCUGAGCGAAAGGUUCUUUCAAAGUAUUACCCCCCGGAUUUCGAUCCUUCGGCCAUCGAAGGCUCUUCGAAGCGCUCUCGCAAGGAUGGCAAAUCAUCCAAGCUGUCCCCUGUCCGCCUGAUGACACCCUACUCGAUGAAAUGCACUCACUGCGGCGAGUACAUUCCCAAGGGUCGCAAGUUCAAUGCGCGCAAGGAGACUCUCGAUGAAAGAUACCUGUCGAUUCCAAUCUUCCGGUUCUACAUCCGUUGCACUCGCUGCAGCGGUGAGAUCACUUUCCGUACCGACCCCAAGAACAACGACUACAAGUGUGAGCGCGGCGCAAAGCGCAACUUCGCAGUUUGGCGUGACGACGAGGACGAGAAGUACAACGACGAGACCGAGGCGCAGACCCUCAACCGACUCGAGAAGGAACACGGCGCCAAGGAGGAGCAGCUGGAACGUGACAAGAUGGCUGCACUCGAAGACAAGAUGCUUGACUCCAAGCGCGAGAUGCAAAUUGCCGACGCACUCGACGAAAUCCGAACCCGCAAUGCCCGCAUCGAGCGCACCGAAGCCCGUGGUGACGAGGCUGCCGUCGCUACUGUUCAGGAAAAGAUCGACGAGGAGGCUCUUCGAGCGGCGAGAGAGGAAGCCGAGGACAGAGAGAACUUGCGCCAGGAGUUCAGACGCAAGAAGGCUGAAGCGAUGGCUGCUAAAGCGGAGCAGGAAUUCCGUGAAGCUGAGGCGGCCAUGGCGCGUAAAAGUGAGCUUGGAGGGUACUGGGCGAAAUUUGCCCGCCCUAAGAAGGACAAGGACGCGUCCUUGGCUAAGAAAUGA